UACAUAAUGAACCAAGCUUGGCCGGCAUCAUCAUACCCCAUUUUGGUAUACAGCAAAGGACUUUAUAACCUGCCUACAUUGGAGUGGUCUACUAUAUUUACAUCAACCGCAAAUUAAGAACAAGGACUGAAUUAUGGCUGCCUACAGCAUACCUAGCCAAGAUGGCGCAGAGGAAAUACCUCGUUUGACGACCAUUGCUCCAUCAAUAUUUGUUCCAACUGAUAGAGACUUCACCAAAACGCCGCCGCCGCUAUCAGAUGAUCCCACAGCCCGCCUUGAUGCCGGGUUAGACACACUCGACUGGCACGCCACACGCGUCGAGAACAACAUGAUUCUUAUGCUGCAGAGAGAAGCCGAACGCGUCCGGCGCGUUGCGGAGAAUAGCACCAGCCAGCAAACGGUCAAGGAACCGCUCAAUAGGACGGGUAACGACCUGCUUCUUGAGGAGAGGCUUCUCGAACAGGACUCGGAGGAUGUACUCAAGAUAUUACGAGAGGCUAGCCAAGAUGCUGCGAGCGGCCGCGAGGGCUCGCGCCCACAACUUCCCCCGCGGCCUAGAGGGCCUCACGACCCGGAAUAUACGGACCUCGCCACACUGCGUAGUGCUAUGUUCAGGACGGCCGUGGAUGAGCGACAGACGCCCCGUUCCGAAGCGCUGACGCAUGUGCUCAACCUUGUGAAAUGGGGAUGGGACGAUCAGCUCGAAGGACACAGAGGAGUUGUUCAGAAAGAGAAAGACGAGCGCAGAGCUAAGCUUGAGCGCCAAUUGAAGGAGGGCAAUUUCCCAAAAGCCGCAAACGAAUCAGCUACAUAUAUGCAAACUCCCUCUGCGCCGGAGGCUCCUAUGGGGAUGCGCAACAACUCACUUGGCAGUGAUAAGAUGGAUAUAGACGAACAAUGAAUAAUCACCAUAAACUGUCCACGUGGGCUAUUAUCCUGAAUACACCAACUACACAAACACCAUAGCCGGCCAACCACCACUAGAAAGAGCAUUAAAGCCGGUACAUGAGAAUUAAUCGGCGGGUUAUACCAUUUACUGCUAUGGAUACUC